AAAGAUGGUGAAGCUCUUCUGUGCGAUCGUUGGUGCGGCGGGCAGUGCGUUCGAGGUGGAUAUCGACGAGGGUGCAUCGGUUUCCGCGUUGAAGAAGGCGAUCAAGGCGGAGAGCGACGGGUUGAUCAGAGCUGAAGAUCCUUGGACGAAGCUGCAGCUCUUCCUGGCGAAGACGGAGGGCGGCGCGUGGCUCGUGUCCGACUCAGAAGAUGUGAAGAAGCUGAAGAAGGGCGAGAAGACUGUCGCAGUUGAGGCUUUAACAAGCGAAGAGAAGGAGCUACAGGGGGAGUCUGGCCUGCAGAAAGUGUUGAAGGGCAUGCAGAAGCCAUCAACGGACCAGAUUCACGUGCUGGUGGUGGUUCCGGAGCAAGAACACGCACAAACUGGAUUGUGGCUUGUCACUGGAUCCGUUGACAACGCGCUGAACACGAAAGGGAUUCGCUGCAAACUGUACUGGAUGGCGACGUUACGCAUUGGAUACUACGAUCCUACGCGCUGCAUCGGCAACAAGAAUGUCGCGUUUUGGUAUGAAGACAAGAAAUUGUGUUUUCAUGUUUUAUUCGAGACAAAAGAUGCUGCUUUGCUGUUCGAAACUGACUUAAGGACUGGGCCACAAACGCUGGGCUCUCCGUUAACUAACCAGGUUGUUGAGACGCGUGUUGCACCAGCUAACGCUGUGUCUACUGAUCUCCAGCGCGUCUUCUACUGCGACUACGUUCCAGACGAUUCGGAAUCUCCUCAAAACACAGUUUCAUCGAUAUCGUUGACUACAAGCGUUUCGAAUCUGGACUCAUCGACUGACGAGUUUCGUUUUCAGCGGAUUGAGGACGAGAAGUUCUUCCUACCGUACGGCAAGGCAGAAAGCUACCAUUUGGUGUCGAGAAAGCAAAGCAGAGACCACAAACGGGAAUUCGCCAAGUACGAUCGCGACUCAAACAACAGGCUUGCGCUUUCUCGCGAAAUGCAUGGUUGGUUCGACGGUAUGAGCAUUGAGGUUCCCAUCGUCAACAUGCUACCCGGAUCUGUUGAAGAGAAUCAAUCCAUUGGCAACAGACGCAAGGUCGAGGUCUUCGUGAAGGUUCUGGAUGCUCAGUGCACAGAUCGCGUUUUCAGUCGUUUGAAAGGAGGAUCAACCACGACGGACGAUCCGCUCAUGAUGAAGACGUUUGUUCACGUGGAGGAUCCAGAAACAUUUUGUUUGUGCAUGAGGUGGAAGCACGACGAUAAUGCGGAGCGUUGGAGAAGCUUUUGGGAUAUGACUCCUGCGGUCGAUUGAAUGGAAUAAUGUGGCUCCCGAGUUAAAUACUUCGAAGUAGUAUUUGAUUUCUUGACAUACUUUGAUCCUGAUAAAUAUAAAGUUAGUAAUAUACAAAGAUGGCGUA